UACGCCUGCGUUCGCGGAUCGGACUGGGACAGGCUCCGCGCGAGACAAAAGCCUGCUCCACAGCUGUUUGUAAGCGAGGUUGGAGGUGAAACGAGUUUAAUAAAAUCCAAUUGCUCGGAGAGAGGGCAAGUGUUCCAUCUUUGAGGACGACGCGUUUUGGAUGUACCUGAAAAGUGUGCUUCUUUGAAGAUGUGAUAUCUGAUGCAUCUGCUUUCUGACAGAAUGUGGCGGAAUAGAAAUCUGUGUGGUGCUUCGCUUCAUCAUUGUUUCAUAAUCUGAAGCAUUACUGUUAACUUCUCAAAUAUCCAUCCCCAUAUCUGAGUAUACAAGAAAGUCGAGGGGAGACAACUCCAGAUUUUUGAAAAUAAAACAGCACUGACAACAAAGCGAUACAAACUUUGCAAAAUUCCUUGAUUUGGCAACGUCUCUACUGAACUACAGAGAGAGUGAAAAAAACUGCCUUUUACUGUAACACCUUGAUGGAUGUGAGAAAGGAGGAAUGUAAGGCUGACUCCAAUAUCAUGGAGAAAAGGACCACAAAUAUUAAGCUGGAGGACUGUGAAUGGGAGUGUGUCCACCCUGAACAGGAAAGUCUGGACAUUAGGGAAGAGGACUGUGAACUGGGGUCAGUGGGCAUUAAAGAAGAGCCUGAAGAGUCUGUCGGCACAGAGGUGAACAAAAAUAAAAGAAUGGAGUGUGUCAAGGAAGACAGACUUCAUUAUGGGUGUCAAGAUGGAGUGAAGACUGACUUUGACUCUUCUCAAAGCAGACGUUGUUCAUCACCAGAGCCUUUUAUCAAUGUUUGCUCUGAAACAUUACAUUCUGACACAAAGAGGACUGAGGAAAUUUCAUCUUUUAUAAUUCAAGACGAUGGGCCAUCAUCUUCAAAGACGUUUAUGCAAAGAUACAAACCUUACCGCUGUUCUGAAUGUGGCAAACAAUUAUCAAGCAAGAGCGUCCUUUCAAGGCACACAAGAAUUCACACAGGAGAGAAGCCUCAUUGCUGUCUUGAAUGUGGCAAGAGGUUUUCACAAAAGUGGUAUCUUCAGAGCCAUGAGAGAAUUCACACAGGAGAGAAACACCAUUGCUGUUCUGAAUGUGGCAAGAAUUUUUCACAAAAAAAGAAUCUUCAGAUCCACCAAAGAAUUCACACACAAGAGAAACCUUAUUCCUGUUCUAAAUGUGGCAAGCAGUUUUUGCAGAGGAGCAGUCUUCAGAGACACCAACGAAUUCACACAGGAGAGAAGCCUUAUUGCUGUUCUGAAUGUGGCAAGUGGUUUUCGCAAAAGUGGUAUCUUCAGAGCCAUGAAAGAAUUCACACAGGAGAAAAGCCUUAUUGCUGUUUUGAAUGUGGCAAGCGGUUUUCACAAGAGUUCUAUCUUCAGAGCCACCAAAAAAUUCACACAGGAGAAAAGCUUUAUUGCUGUUCUGAGUGUGGCAAGCAGUUUUUGUAUAAAAGCAGUCUUCAGAGACACCAGAUUAUUCACACAGGAGAGAAGCCUUAUUGCUGUUCUGAAUGUGGCAAGUGGUUUUCGCAAAAAAGGAUUCUUCAGGUCCACCAAAGAAUUCACACAGGAGAAAGACCACAUUUCUGUUCUGAAUGUGGCAAGAAUUUUUCACAAAAAAGGAAUCUUCAGCUCCACCAAAGAACUCACACACAAGAGAAGUCUUAUUGCUGUUCUGAAUGUGGCAAGCAGUUUUUGCUGAAGUGCAGUCUUGUGAGACACCAAAAAAUUCACACAGGAGAGAAGCCUUAUUGCUGUUCUGAAUGUGGCAAGUUGUUUUCGCAAAAGAGUUAUCUUCAGAGCCACCAACGAAUUCACAUGGGAGAAAAGCCUUAUUGCUGUUUUGAAUGUGGCAAGCAGUUUUCGAAAGAGUCCUAUCUUCAGAGCCACCAACGAAUUCACACGGGAGAAAAGCCUUAUUGCUGUUUUGAAUGUGGCAAGCAGUUUUUUAUAAAGAACCAUCUUCAGCAGCACCAAAAAAUUCACACAGGAGAGAAGCCUUAUUGCUGUGUUGAAUGUGGCAAGUGGUUUUCGCAAAAGAGGUAUCUUCAGAGCCACCAAAGAAUUCACACAGGAGAAAAGCCUUAUUGCUGUGUUGAAUGUGGCAAGUGGUUUUCGCAAAAGAAGAAUCUUCAAUGCCUUGAAAGAGUUCACACAGGAGAAAAGGCUUAUCGCUGUUCUGAAUGUGACAAGUGCUUUUCAGAAAAGCCCCAUCUACAGGGCCACCGAACAAUUCACACAGGAGAGAAGCCUUAUUGCUGUUCUGAAAGUGGCAAGUUCGUUUUGCAAAAUAACAAUCUUCACAGCCAACAAAGAAUUCACACAGGAGAGACACCUUAUUGUUCUUCUGAAUUUGACAUGCAGUUUUCACAUCAAAGCACUCUUCUGUGAGACCAACGAAUUCACACGAGAGAGACACAGCAGAUUGAGAAAUAGUUGUUUUGGGACAUCAAUAGAAUAAUUGAUAAGUGAUAGAAAUAGAGCUAGAAAUAGUCACGCAUCUUGUUGCUGAGUGCAAGGUACUGAUGGCUGAAGAAUUAUACACUUAAAGAUGCAACAAAGUGGCCGGCUAAUCCACUGGAAACUCUGUAAAACAAAUUAUAAUUUAACAGCAAGAGAGAGACACUGGGACUACAGUAAAGACCGUACAAUGGAGGAGGAGGAGGUGUUAGUCACUUGGGACACACCGAUACCAGUUCAUAGAAAAACAGAUGCACAGUAAACCAGAUAUUGGGUUACAUUAGAUAACCUUUAUUAAUCCCAAGGGGAUAUUCGGGUUCUUACAGCAGCAGAAACAUAAACAAGGAUAUAGACUCACACAACAAAUAAUACAACCAAUCAUUAAAUCAAAAAAAAUAAAAGUAAGCGUAUCUUGUUAAUUUUGAAAUAUCCGCACCAGCACAUCAGUAGGAAGUUUUGAAUUGCUUAACAGCAGAAGGCAGGAAAACCCUCCAGAAGCAUUUCUUAGGACACUGUGGUGGAAUGAGCCCAUGGCUAAAAGUGCUCCAAAUGGGAGCCUCCUGGAAGGGAAUUUUCAUGAUGGCAUUCAUUUUUCCAUCAUCCUAUUUUCAACAACGGUUUCCAGUGUGUCCAGGGUUAGCCCUGUGAUGGAGCAUGCUUUCCUGAUAUGUUUCUUCAGUUAUUGUGCUUCUUUUGCGCUCAAGCUGCUUCCCCAGCAGACUGCAGCGCAGAACAACAACAGUUGUUAAGGAAAAACAGACAUAUAAGGCGUGGAUCAUAGAGGUAUCAGUGCCUAAUGAUUACUCAGCUCUGAUAACAGAAGCAAAAAAACUGAAGUAGUUGGCAAUACAAUCUGAGAUAUGCUAAAUGUGGGUUUAAAAAAAAAAAAAGACAUUGUUCUGCUGGGAUAAACAGGACCAAUAAACAGAAACCUUCAGUCCCAUCUUGACAUCCUACCAAUUACCAUAACUCCAUAUGAGUUGUAGAAAGAAGUGUUAGUAAUAACAAUACGGGUGUGAUGCUGAACCCUCACUGCAAAAUUAAGGAAGUUUAAAAAACACACACAAAAAAAAACACCUUAUGCCUACACUACCCGGACUAAAGGGUGGUCAUCAUUCCUGUGUUGA